AUGUCCGGUCCCGGUUACCCUCCCAUUCAAUACUACGGUCAUCAAGGAGAGUAUCAAUAUCGGCAACAUCCACCUUCAGGACCGCAUCCACACGCAUACCCUCAGCAUUACCAACCGCAAACUGCUGUCCCGUUCCCUGCUCCAGACUACAACGGAUAUCCUUCGCACCAAGGCUAUUUGCAAACCCCACAAUCCUUGGCAUCGAACGCGCAGUAUUACCCCAAUCCUAGCUACUAUCCUCCUCCUCACCCUCAAGCUUCAGGCCCAUCCGGACAUUGGGGACAAUUGCAGCCUCAAGCGCAGCCCGAGCUCGUCGGCUAUCCAUCGGACUUUCCCGCAGACCCAUCUCACGUCUCGCCCGUAACCCCAGCUGCACUGCCGCUGCCCAAGUCGAUAACUCUGGAUCCAGCAGUACUUCAGCAGGAGCCGACCGCGCCCUCGACAUCUCUCAAAUUGCGUAUCCGUCGGCCGGUAGCACCUCUGGAUCCAGCACCAGAUAUGAGUCGACGAAACUCGGGUACGGUCAAGACCGAGGAGUCUUUCUCAUCCUCUGGUCGCCCGGUUCGAGGAGCACGCGUCGCUGCAGAGCGCAAGUUUACGUCGUAUGCCGAAGCAGACUCAGAGGAAGACGGGGAGGGAGAGGAGGAAUACGAAGAGGAGGCAGUACCUCAGCCCAGGAGGACUGAGCGGAACAACGCGGGGAAGACCGCUGUGAGGUUCUCUGAUGACGAUCAUGAGGCCGCGCCGAUACCGACAACGAGGAACAGCAGAGGGAGGAAACGAAGGGUCGAUCCCGACGAGGACGAUGAGGACGAGGGACAUGUCGUUCAGCCAGCCAGAAAUGCUUUCCCUACUCGAUCUACCCGACUCUCAAAUGGACAUGCUGCUGCUGUUGAGCAAUCGGCGCCCGUCCCGACACCCAAGUCUAGACACUCUUCCGCCGAUGCAGAGUCAUUCGAACCUUCCGCAACGGAGGACGACGGAUCUGAUGAUCAGCUAGGUGGCUUCGGAACGCCAUCUGACGAUGAUGAGGGGUCUUUCAUCGAAUACGACGAUCGGCCACCACCUCGCCGUGCUACCCGUCGUCGGGCGCAACCACCUCGUCGAUCGACCCGAAAUUCCAACCGUCGAGCUGAUUCAGACGACGAUUUUGGAGCACCCAAACGGCAGCUCCGACAGAGAACAAGUAAAGUCAACUAUGAGCUUCCACCUCUGGAUAUCUCGGCCGAAUUGGUUCAGGAGACGAUUGCCAAUGCUGCUGGCGCGAGUCGACGUCGUGGUGGUAUGGGCUUUGCCAAUGGCUCUGGGUCUCAAUUUCCUUCCGCAAAGGGAACGUGGGCUGGACGAGGCGCUCUCCCUCAAGCCAUGGGCGACAUGGAUACCAGCGACUCUGACAUGGAAUUUGCUAUCCCAAAACUUGGUCAAGGCCAAGGCUCUCAGAAUGUGCGUACUGGUGGUCCUUCCGACGUACCGAAUUAUGGCCGAAUCAAUCCCAAAUCUAAUCUGGCCGACGCAGAUCCACUCGGCGUCGAUAUGAAUGUAACCUUUGACAAUGUUGGAGGUCUCGACAAUCACAUCAAUCAGUUGAAGGAGAUGGUCGCUUUACCAUUACUGUAUCCCGAGCUAUUCCAGAAAUUUGGCCUGACUCCACCUCGCGGCGUCCUCUUCCAUGGUCCUCCGGGGACCGGAAAAACGCUUCUAGCUCGUGCGCUUGCAGCAUCGUGCAGUACAGGAAAUACCAAAAUUGCAUUCUUCAUGCGAAAAGGUGCCGAUGUUUUAUCGAAAUGGGUCGGUGAAGCGGAACGACAGCUGAGAAUGUUGUUUGAGGAGGCUAGGGCGUGCCAACCCAGUAUCAUCUUUUUCGACGAGAUUGAUGGUCUCGCCCCCGUCAGGAGCUCGAAGCAGGAUCAGAUCCAUGCCAGUCUGGUCUCGACACUCCUGGCGCUCAUGGAUGGGAUGGAUGGCCGAGGUCAAGUCAUCGUCAUCGGCGCUACGAACCGGCCUGAUGCCGUCGAUUCUGCCCUGCGACGUCCGGGUCGAUUCGACCGCGAAUUCUAUUUCCCACUUCCCAACCGAGACGCUCGACGAAAGAUCAUCCAGAUCAACACACGGGAGUGGUCACCGCCUUUGUCUGGAACUCUAUUGGAUAGACUGUCUGUCAUGACAAAGGGAUAUGGUGGAGCAGAUCUGAGAGCCCUAUGCACCGAAGCAGCCCUCAAUGCCAUUCAGCGGAGGUAUCCUCAGAUCUACAAGUCCUCAGACCGGCUCCUAUUGGACCAUGGAAGCAUCUCUGUCGGCGCAAAAGACUUUAUGAUGUCAAUUCAGAAAAUCACUCCAUCCUCCGCUCGAUCCACUUCUUCAGCUGCAUCGCAACUUCCUGCUCAUCUAUUGCCACUCCUAAGUCGACCUUUGGAUCGCCUCAAGGGAGCUGUCGAUCGAGUUCUGCCACGACACAAACCCCUGACCGCGCUCGAGGAAGCCGAGUUUGUUGACGAUAUCGGUGACGAUCUCGAGAAGCACAUGAUGGUGCAGUCGUUGGACAAGUUGCGCACUUUCCGUCCGCGCCUCUUGAUUCAUGGCCCUUCAGGAAUGGGCCAGAAUUAUUUAGGUCCAGCUAUCUUGCAUCAUUUGGAAGGCUUCCAUGUGCAAAGCUUGGACAUUGGCACGCUCAUGGCGGACUCUACGCGCACACCCGAAGCGACCCUGGUCCAGCUGUUCGUCGAGGCGAAGCGGCACCAGCCCUCGAUCCUGUUCAUACCUUCCCUCCUGCCUUGGACCUACGCUCUGACGGAGUCUACGAGAAUACUGUUUCAAUCUCUCCUUCACGGCAUACCUUCAUCCGAUCCAGUCCUUCUACUGGCCCUGUCCGAUCAGCCUUUCAAUCAAAUUCCUCAAGAGAUUCGAGCCUGGUUCGGGUCCAGUGGAGAAGCCAAAGCGGAGCUGGUGUCUCCAUCAAACUCGGAACGAUCCGAGUACCUCGCCUCAUUAUUCGAAGCAUUCCAAAGGCCACCGUCCGAUUUCCCAGAUGCCCUACCAAGGCAGAAGCGAGUUUUGGAGAUCCUGCCUCCUGCCCCGCCAUUGCCACCCAGGGAGCCGACAGAAGCGGAGAUCCAGCGCGAACUCGAAAAAGAUCAGCGGGCUCGAGACAUGCUGUAUGUCAGUUUCAUACACCUGGUUCAAGAGAUCUCAAAGAAAUUCCGUAAAGUUGUCGCCGGUGUCAGGAACGAUGCCUUCAUUGUCAGUCAGAUGCUGGCUGCUCAGGCCAACGCGUCACCUCCGGAAGCUGUCAUUCCCGUCUCGCUCGAAGCGGAAUCUGUUCCCAAUGGACAUGAUACGGACGCACUUGGGACGACAAUAUCAGCCGAGCCAUCUGCCUCUGCGCCUGCCGUGCUCGAGACUGUCCCGCCGGUUGCGCCUGAGCCUCCAUCUCAUUCACCAGUAGCCACAUGGCAAGCGCACGAUGUCGAUAUUGAUACGAUUCACCGCAAACUCUCUCGACACAAGUACUACACUCCAGCCGACUUUCUGGAGGACAUCGACAAGAUAGCAGACAACGCGGCUCACCUUGGAGAUCCAGAUCGUCAAGCUCGGAUUGGAGAAAUGGCUGCCAAUGCAAGACUCCACGUUUCCCACUUCGAUCCAAAGUGGACGCCGGAGUUCGAACGACUUAAAGUGAGAAUGCUGCAAAGGAAGGCGCAGAGGGAGAAAGAAAAGCAGGCCAAAUUGUCGGAUGUCGAGGGGGGCAACGAGGUCAACGGUACGGCCGAAGUGACUGUCGAUGGAGAGAACGGGGUGGAAAGUACAUUGAAACGCCAGAGAGAGGACGAAGAAGGUGGAGACAGGGAGAGCAGCAAGAGAUUACGAGAAGAAAUGGACAAUGAUCCGGCGCCAGAGCCUGUGGUUCAAGCUCCGCCUCUCGAACCAGAGCAAGAAGUGCUGGCCGAGAUCGCGACUGUCCCUGAACCUCGCCCUGUGUCUUAUCCACCCUUCGUCCUUCCAUCUGAUCUGUGGUCGCGAUUCCGAUCGAUACUGGUAGAAUCUACGUCGGCUCUCAGUAUCGACCAAUUGGAGCAGGUCCGAGCUGGAUGUUUCGACAGACUAUGGCGUCGACGAGCCGACUGGGAUCGCACAGCGGUCGUGCAGGAAUGCCUCGAAUGGGUCCAAGAGCACCUGAUUGAAAUUGCGGACGACGCAGAGAAGGACCUCGAAUGA